UUGACUCCGCGUGAGUUGGUGUCCUUUGUGUGAAGAGCAGCUAACAGCUAACAGCAGCACAGAAUCGGCCGUUAGUUAGCUUAGCAUCAACACAACCUCCGCCGAUCGAUAAACACACCGUUCAGUUCUCACCUGUCGGCCACAGCUAAAGACGCAGUGAACCACCUGAGUCUCCAUGGCAUUAAGACGAGGACACAUCAGGUACCUGAAGGUGUGUGAGGUUCAGGCGUCCCAGAGUGAUGUCAGAGACGGUCAGCACGCCUCUAAAGGCGCCGCUGGAAAGGAGCUGUAUGAUAACGGAUACAGCGAGCAGAUGAUGGAGGACGAAGAUGCCAGAACAAACCUGAUCGUCAACUACCUGCCGCAGAGCAUGAGUCAGGACGAGCUGCGCAGCCUGUUCAGCAGCGUUGGAGACGUCGAGUCCGCCAAACUCAUCCGGGACAAAGUGGCAGGUAACUCCGCCCACUGUAGUACUGCUGACUGUGAUUGGUUCAAGUAUCUCCGCCCACUGUAGUACUGCUGACUCUGAUUGGUUCAAGUAGCCCCGCCCACUGUAGUACUGCUGCCUCUGAUUGGCUCUUAUACUUAAACACUUGAACUUAAUGCUUUGAAAGACAACCACUUAAAAUAUAUGCUCAAUAGUACUACAGAGAACCAAACCUCAGUACUACUGCAGUACUACAGAGGACCAGACGUCAGUAUUACAGGAGUACUACAGAGCGCCAGGUCUCAGUACUACUGGAGUAGUGCAGAGCACCAGGUCUCAGUACUACUUGAGUACCACAGAGCACUAGCUCUCAGUAUUACUGGAGUACUACAGAGCACCAGGUCUUCGUACUACUGGAGUACUACAGAGCACCAGCUCUUAUUUUCUACUGGAAGUACUACAGAGUACCUGCUUUCCGUUCUUCUGGAAGUACUACAGAGCACCAGCUGUCAGUA